AUGAUCAAGCUGAUACUAUCAACCUCAAACAUCAUGGGCGGCGCGCCCUCGGUGCUCCGUCGCAGUCCCGUCGAGAAGUCCAACACGGAGCUGACCAGCGCUCUGCGCGCCAACUUCUCGGCCCACCAACACGAGGUCAUUACCACUAGCCCGCAUGCCCCGGCCGUCCUCUCUUUCCGUCACUGGACCCAGCAGGACAGCUCAUGUCUGUACAUCCCGGCUAUCGACUUUGACGCCUCGGGCCUUGCCGAGGAGCGUCCCGCCUACGACAUCACGGUCAAGCUGUUCUACCUGCCCAAUGUGCCUGUGGCACAGCGUUGCGCCCACGCGCGCGAGGCCAUCGAUCUCGUUCUCAAGGAGCUGCAUGUCUCUUCAAUUGACCUACUCAUCGUGUCGUUCCCGGGCGUGGCGUUCGACGCCGACGACGAGGACUGGGACUCUGACGAGGGCGGCGACGAGGGCAUACGGGCCGGCGGAUCCGGACGUGAGAGUGGCCUCGGCGUCGAGGACGUCGACAGCAUGAUCGAGACAUGGCACGCGCUCGAACAGCUGCACGACGAGGGCCUGAUUGCAAAGCUCGGCCUGAGCGAGUUCGGCACCCAGCGUCUACAACGCUUCCUUUCUCGCACCCGCGUCCGCCCCAGCGUCGACCAGAUCAAUGUCCGCGACUGCUGCGUUGUCCCCAAGCCGCUGAUCCUCUACGCAAAGCAGGAGGGCAUCGAGCUUCUCACCCACAACGACUGCACCAACAUCCUUCCCCCCGGCACCCUUCGCGAGCUUCUCGGCACUGGCGAGAAGGGCGCCAGCGUCCUCGCUGGCCCCAACGACUCUUGCCAUGGCUUGAAGGGCGAUGUCAUCCCAGAAUGGGUCGUCAAGUACACGGCCGUCGUCAAGGACAGAGGCGUCGUGGAGAACAAGGGCUACUUCGCAGUAGCCGAGCUACGAAAUUGA